AAUAUACUUGGCUGGAAAGAAAAGGGAACUGCUAUGCCCCUUACCAUAAUAGGACUGUCAAUGGCAGGAUACCAGCUCUGGUCACCAUGGACCCCACUGGACGAGAGCUUCCAAUGGCUGCGGCACACAACACCUACACCUUCUUCAAAGCAUCCCUUUAGGGCUUCCCCCUGCUUCCCACAUACCCCUUCUGACCUUGAAGUGCAGCUGUGCUUUCAAGAGGUCACUCUAGUCCUAGACAGCCCAUUUCUGGAGCCUGGGGUGAGUCCCAAGUUACCCUGCCACACAUCAGAGCUCCGAACCAUGAACAACAAGAAAGGGCUGGUCAGGAAGCCCCAGCCUAUCCGCCUCAGUGGAGUGGAUUCCGUGUUUGGCAGGGUCAUCACAGCUCAGCCACCAAAAUGGACUGGGACCUUCAGAGUUUCAGACAAAUCAGCCUUUUGCAAAAUCAUCAGCCGGGAGAACCAGUGGCCCACUGGACUUAAGGAACCUCAGAUUCAGAUGACAGUGACCAUGUGCAAACAGAUGCUGCGCUCUAUCCUCUUACUGUAUGCAACAUAUAAGAAGUGCACCUUUGCCUUGCAACACUCCAAGUAAAGGGUUCCCAUCUGAUUCCUGUUCCUCAUACCAUGUCCUGUGCUAUGUGCCUAAAGCUUACAGAAACCUGUCCAUGUAAAAGAAACUGACAUCAUCUGAGCCAUCUUGCUUUUCUGUCAAGCAGUGAUAAUUCAGGAACCCCUUUCCUCCUUCCCCCCUUCCCCCAAAGGCCAGUGACAGAGCAAAGGAGAACAUUUCCAUUGUAAAGUUGAACAACAUUUAAAAGAGUCAAACUAGUGUUGACAUGUACAUGUGAGAAAGAACCAUUAAACCAUAUAAACCAAUGAGCCUAGUGUGAACUCACUUAAACAUCUAAGACCACAAUGAGAUGGGGAAACAAAGGGGUAUCAAGGAAGGAAAUUAUGACUUUCCAAGUACAUGAGGAUGAAGGGGUCAAAAAUCUAUAGAUGGGUCAAGGAUUAAAAAAAAUUAUAAAAACAAAACAAAUAAUCUCCCCCACCAAAUCAACAACAAAAAAACCUUAACCAACCACAUCCUAAUACCACUGGAGAGUACAAAAGUGAAUAGUAAUAUUAGCAAAUAUUAAAGAAUAUUUAUAGCCUGGCAAGAAAGAACUUGGAAGCAGCAAUGAAACUGGGCUUUCUGGCAGAACACAUGAGAGCUCCCCAUUUUAGCUGGUGUACUAUUAGUAAUUCUGCAGAAUUGUUAU